AUGAACGGAUGCUCUCUUAUCACAAGGACAGCAAUUAAAAACAAAAAUCUUACAUCGGAUGCAAUAAGGUAGAAUGAAGUUCAAUAUGGAGAAUUGAAAAUUAUGCCUAAAAAAGUUCUUAACUUAUUCCAUCCUUAUUGUACUCUGAUACACACUGUACACACUAUUAAAAAAUAACAGUUAAUAUACUUAGCAUAAGAAAAGCAUGCAAGAAUAAAUUAAUUUUUAUUCCAUAUGAGAUAUCAGAAGCCAUAAUAAAACAGCAAUUGGACCACUUACACAAGUACUCAUAUGUAUCACAUGUAGAAGUACUUAGAUUAGUUAAUUGAGCUUAUUUAGAAUUUAGUUUGCUCUCAAAUGCAGGUACAUUUUAAGCAUUGGAAUGUGCAUUUAGUGUAAAUCGCGCUCCUUUUUCAUACAUUUAUCUCAAGUUACUUACCAAUUUCAACCAUUAACAUAAAAACCAGAUUUAUAAGAUUCAAAAUGGUUAUUACAAGUGGAAAAGGAUUUUCUCAUUAUCUUACGAUAAAUAGUAGCUAUUAAAGAGAAAUGUGUUCACCACAAUAUUGUGAACAAUAAUUCUAAAAUAUAGGGAUGCUAUAGGGAAAGAAGAUCGAAAAAGAAGGAAAAAAAUAUGUCCAAUGCAGUGGUAGUGCAUCCCAAAGAAUGAAUCACAACUUAAAGAAAAAAUGCUUAAGCAUGGCAAUCCGAAGAACGAAGAAAUUAAUAAUAAUUAUCUUCCAUAGUUUUGACAUUGUUAGGGCCAGUGUUACAUAUUUUGGCUCUAUUUUUAGUGCAUAUAAUUCAGAUGCAUAUGAUGCGCUCCGCAUCUAGAAGUUAAUUUGAACUUUAUAUGUUUGCCAGGCACUAAUUCUACUAUAAAUGUAGAAGAUGUCAGAACGAUUCAAGUUGAACAAGAACCAGUGCAUUCAUCAAAAGAGGUUAAAUUGAGAAUUAAUCUAAGUCUACUUUUAGUGCUAACGAUGGCACGAUGUAAUUUAGUACAAAGAGUUGUAUGAAGGAUAAUUUAACUCUUUAUCA